AUGGGAAACAUCUGCUCGCGCGCUUCCAACGACCCCGAAGCCUUCUCCAGUCCCGGUCGUGUCGUCGGAACAAAUCCCUCCAACCAAUCCGCCGCCCCACGAGCCUCCGUUCCCGCAAAGGCCAAUUGGAAGAAUAGCCCAGGUCGGACAUUAGGCGACAGCGCCGGAGCGCAAGGUGAUAGUGAUGAAGCCAGGUCCAAUGCGGCAAUCGCUGCGCAAAAACGGGCCGACACCGCAUCCUCCGGCAACAAGGGCAAACUAGGCUCCAAACUGGCUGCGCAAAAGGCGAAGACUCAGACGCAGACGCUCAACGAAGCUAGUGAGACUGAGCGCGCGACCCGAGCUCAAGACGACCAGAGAGAAGUGGCGGCUUAUCAAUAG